ACAAUGGUCUACUGGACUCAUUUCCCUAAGGCCGGACGUCGUGUAGCGCACCCCCUUCUUCCUCUGUAAGAUUUUGAAGCCUUCCCUCCAAUUCCUAAAUACGUGUAGCACACUACGGCUUCCUCUCUUCCUCCACAGGCUUUCCGAAAGCUCAAAACCCCUCUCUCUCGCUCUCACUCUCCACACACACUCACAGAGGGAAAUGGCAAACAAGCUUAGGGUGGAAGAGCUUCGAACCCAGCUCGCCCAACGAGGGCUUGACAUCUCCGGAACAAAGCCUAAGCUAGUUUUGAGGCUAGAAUCUGCAAUUCGAAAAGAAAACAAGUUGUCGACGGAUGGAACUGAUGCUUUAGCGGGGAAAAAGAGACCGAGGGAAUCGGAGAAUGAGGACUCAAAUGGGCCCGAGAAGGUUAAAGCCAUUGAGAAGCUCCGAGAAAUGGGUAUUCGUCAAUUACGCGAACAAGCGACCCUUCGAGGGAUUUCGUCAGAUGGGUCGAAGAAGGAACUCUUGGAGAGGCUCUCUGUCGAUUUGGAUAAGGAUUCUCAAUCUCAGCAGACUACUGAAGGUAAAGAGGAAUCAGAUGGGAGCAAAAAAGAGAAGUUGGUUACGGCUACUAAGAAGGGUUGUGCAGUUUUGGAUCAAUGGCUACCUGAUCACAUAAAGACAAAUAACCAUGUGUUACAGCUUGGGGAUGAAAUAUAUGAUGCUACCCUGAACCAAACAAACGUGUCUGACAAUAAUAACAAGUUUUAUGUGAUUCAAGCUCUUGAAUCUGAUGAUGGUGGUACAUUUAUGGUGUACACUAGAUGGGGUAGAGUUGGAGUAAAAGGGCAGGACAAGUUACAUGGUCCUUACACUUCAUGUAAUGCAGCGAUUCAGGAAUUUAAACAGAAGUUCUUUGACAAGACUAAAAAUGAAUGGUCCAACCGCAAAAGGUUUAUUUGUUACCCAAAGUGCUACACAUGGUUGGAAAUGGACUACAGUGAAGCAAAAAAUGGAUCAGUUCCUGAGAAGCCAACUGACUCUUCAUUGGUGGUUCAACCUCGGGAGUCACGACUUGAACCUCGCAUUGCCAAGUUCAUUUCUCUAAUUUGCAAUACCAGCAUGAUGAAGCAGCAAAUGUUGGAAAUAGGAUACAACGCUGAGAAGUUGCCCCUUGGCAAGCUAAGCAAAACCACAAUAUUGAAGGGUUAUGAUGUCUUGAAGAGAAUUGCUGAUGUGGUUGGUCAAUCUAAUAGGAAGCAACUUGAGCUAUUAAGUGGAGAGUUUUACACAGUCAUCCCUCAUGACUUCGGUUUUAAAAAGAUGAGUGAAUUUGUCAUCAACACCCCACAGAAACUGAAACAGAAGUUGGAAAUGGUUGAAGCCUUAGGUGAAAUUGAGGUUGCAACUAGGUUAUUGGAGGACGACAUAGAGAAGCAGGAAGAUCCAUUGUAUUCUAAUUAUCAGCGCCUUCAUUGUGAACUUACUUCUCUUGAAGUUGAUUCUGAAGAAUUUUCUGUGAUUGAGAAGUAUAUGCAGAAUACUCAUGCAAAAACACAUUCAAAUUAUACUGUUGAUAUUGUUCAAAUAUUUAGAAUUUCCAGAGAAGGUGAAGAGGAACGGUUCAAGAAGUUCUCUACAACACCGAAUAGGAUGCUUUUGUGGCAUGGUUCUCGUCUCACAAAUUGGACUGGCAUUCUAUCGCAAGGAUUACGAAUAGCUCCUCCAGAAGCACCUUCAACAGGUUAUAUGUUUGGAAAGGGUGUUUAUUUUGCUGAUAUGUUUUCAAAAAGUGCCAACUACUGCUAUGCUUCAGAUGUUACUAGGACUGGCGUGCUGCUUUUAUGUGAGGUGGCACUUGGGGAGAUGGCUGAGCUUCUAACUGCAAAUUAUAAUGCUGAUAAGUUGCCAGCAGGAAAGCUAAGCACAAAAGGAAUAGGAACAACAGCUCCAGAUUCAUCAGAGUUCCAGACUCUUAACGAUGGUGUCAUUGUACCCCUAGGAAUGCCGAAGGCACAACCAGUUCCCAAGGGUCAUUUGCUUUACAAUGAGUACAUAGUAUACAAUGUGGAACAGAUUCAGAUGCGAUAUGUCAUUCAAGUAAAUUUUAAUUUUGAGAGGCGGUAGGGAACAAGAUGUUUUGCUCCUUAAAUGUUGUUCUUCCUUAAGGCAGUUGUUUUUCAUCUUUAGUAGCAGCAGAUGUUUUGAGUUAUUAUAAUUCAUCUUUCUCUUGCUGAUUCCAUCUGUAAGGAUUAGCCCUUCUAUAUUCUAAAGUAUCACCUUUUUAUUUGAGAGAA